CGCCAACGUGGCUUGCUGCUGCGUUCAUGGAAGCUCCUGCUCUGUCGGAACUUUUGCUAUUUGGCACUGCUAUACCUUGUGUGAACACAAUGAAAGAGUAACUAAGAUUUUAAACUAGGUAUGGAAUAGUUGUUUACGACUUAAGACGGAACUAAAGACUCGCGCAACUACUAAUGUAUUAGUUGUACUGCUUUGGUACAACCACAACAGUUUGAAUUUAAAUUGACCAAUUUCCCAUGAAGGCAGCACUUUUCCUGGGAUCAGUAGCGGUAACUUUAGCUAAUUUCCGCUGGUAAAAUCAGAUAUUUAUGGCUUAAUUCACUGUGAAUUUGUCUUUAAGUAGGAUAUCCUACUACAUGUGGAAUAAUUGACUGUAUUUCUAAAGAUUAAAGCCAGGUAACGAUAGUUUAAAAGCGGGAUUUUAUAACUGCGAAAUGCCUACGGAAAUUAAACAGAGGAAAAAGACGCAAUCUCAAAAGCAAAACGAUGAAAUGCCGCAAAAUUCAUCUGCAAACGGUAAAGGUGACGCACAAAAAGCGAAAACGGAAGACGGAGAGAACAGUGGAGCAAAUAAAACGUCCUCAGGUCCUGACAUUAAAGGUUUGAUGUGUUUACUGUCGCUAGUAGCAUGCGGGGUUUUGAGCUGGGUGGUGCUGCAGCAGAAUGAGAGGUUUUCUCUAAUGGAAGAAAAGUAUAAAGCUCUGCACGGGAAAACCUCCAGGCUGCUGGACAUGGAGGAAGAGAUGGUGAAAGUUUCCAAAAAGCUCGUCGCAUCCGAGGACGACCUUCAGGAGGCGCUCUCUACCGUCUCCACGGCAACCAGACUUCAGAAGGACAUCUCCGCCCUCCACGCCGUCGCCAUGGCGAUGCAGGCCGACGAGAACUCGGCGUCCCGCGACCUGCAGGCGGUCAACUCCCGCUUCCUGAACGUGACGGAGACGUGGCAGGAGCGGCUGGCUGCCGUCACCGCGGACCUGGCGGCCCUGAAGGCCGAGUCACGGGAGGCGCACGCUGGCGCCACGGAGCGGGUGAACGAGGCCGAGCGGAGGGCCCAGGCGCUGGCGAAAAGGCUGGAGGAGCUGGAGGACAGCACGAAGAGGAACGCCCGCGUUCUGGAGCGGACGGAGGAGGACGAUGCCAAGCGGGCGCAGGAGCACCUGGACUGGAACACCAAGCAGAUCCACAAGCUGCAGGAGCAGAUCGGCAGCCUGAGCAAGAGGGAGGCCGAGCUGACCUCUGAACUCCAGGAGCACAUCCCCCGCGCCCAGCAGUGCGAGGAGCAGCUGCCGAAGGUGGAGGAGGCGGUGCGCUCCAUCCUGAAGCUGAAUGGCGACCUGAGCGGGGCGGAGAAGCGUUUGGAGGAAGUGACGCUGCAGGUGUUCGGCGCCGAGGACAGCAUGCUGAAAGCUUUGAACGAGAUCCUGGAGAUCAGGCAGGAGCUGGACCGCCUGCAAGCCCACAACAGCAUCCUGAAGAUGAAGAACGAGCUGUCCGUGGUCAAAGAGGCGGUCCGUGAACUCACCAUGGUACUGAGGGGAGACGGAGGCGGGACCCUGACUGACUCCGGUACUUUGGAGGAUGAGGAGUGGAAGGACGAAGAGGAGGAGCCGUGGCUGGAGGAAGAGCUGAGCGAACUGACUGAACAUCAUCAUGAUGACGUUUAGGGCUGAAACGAUUAAUCGUGAUUAAUCAGGUUUUACAGUUAAAACUCUUAAAAAGUGUUUGUGAUCCUUGUUGCAGUCAAAGCUGAAUUCUUCUCUGAUCAGGUGGAUGUGCAGCUUUAGCUUUUUCUAGUUCUGAAACAAUUAAUCGUGAUUAAUCGUUUUUUUGUUUUUGUUUUUUUAAAGUAAUGGUCAACUAAUUUUGCUGCAAAAACACAAAAUCUUACCAAGUAUUUU